AUGACCCGCCGGCGCAGAAGUGUUCGGACAAAUCAAUCUCGGGCUCCAGAUUUACCAGAUGCUGAUCUGGACAAACAUCAACACUCUCCAGCUCAAGCUUCAAAUUCCAAUUUUCGUCCAGUAUUUGGCUCUGGCAACUUAUCAAGGUUCUUUGAAGCAGGAAUCAUUUCCUCCAAAUGGGAUGGCUUUGAGGAGAAUGGAACAUUUCGAAAUGUGUACAUCGGCACGGAUGUUGCUAACAUGCAUCAUCUGAUCCGGGAUCAUGAACCACCUGGAAGCGCCUUUCUUUCCUACCCCUUUCCUGCAAUUCGAGAUGAGCUGCCCUGGAAACCCCGUCCCGAAAUUGGCAGCCAUCAUUAUCUGAGUGCCGAGUCCAUCAACGAUUUGAGCAGUCUUCCAGUCCAGUCUGUUCGAGAUGCACUCGUGGAAACGUAUUUUCAGGACAUACACCCCGGGUUUCCGGUCAUAGAUGAAGCCGAGUUUCGUCAAAAAUACGCCGAUCCAGAGAACCAACCUCCACUAUUGAUUUUCCAGGCCGUUCUUCUCGCAGCGGCUCGCAUCACUGACCAUCCCCAAGUCGCUGCCUCCCGUGGAAUGACGACAGCCAUACUUUUCCGACGGACCAAGACGCUUUUUGACAUUAAGCAUGAAAGUGACCGCGUUGAUCUCAUCCAAGCGGCUCUUCUUAUGGCCUGGUACACAGAGAACUCAGACACCGUGGCUAGCAAUGCAUAUUACUGGGUUGGCAAUGCAACCCGCAUUGCUUUUGGAAUGGGACUGCAUCGAGCCGCAUCCAUUCGAUAUGUGCCGCCCUACCGAAAUCGAUUCUACCGCAAAUAUAAGAAGGUCUGGUGGAUGGUCCUAUAUAGUGAAGUGAUGUUGGCACUCGAGUACGGCAGACCCUGCAUGAUCCGCACAGAGGACUUUGACGUAGGGACUCUGGAGGACGAGGAUUUCAAGAACAUGGACGACUCCGAGGAUAAGCUGGUGAAUCGACGUUUCUGCUCCGUGUUGGCAGAAUUCUCUCUGGCCGCACUGGACAUUUUCAGUCUCCGAGCCCCGCGAGCCGAAAAUAUCAGCCAUAAAGUGACUGCCAUUGAGCAUCGCCUCGCUGCAGUGGCAUUGCGGAUCCCGCCAAAUCAUGAUUUCUGGUCGUGCCAACUUCGGCUUGUUUACAGCCUGCUCGUGCUGAUCGUGCAUCGGACCAGCAGCGCGGCAGACGCAGUCAAGCUUUGCUCCGAGGCCGCAUCGGACAUCCUCGUUACGUUAGAGGCCAUGGUUGUGCAGAACACCAUUCGAAAAUGCCACCAGAGCAGUAUCACCGCACUGAUGGGCGCUGCCAUUCAAUUCGCUCGUGAGGUUCGAUCGAGGGCUGCGGAUGGGUCUAUCGUCAUGGCCAUUUCUGCACAGGGCCAAUUAGAAAGACUACUCGCCCCAGCUGACGCCCUUUCGCCCUUUUUUGCCAACAUCGAAGCCGUCUGGAGACUUUGCAAGAGCCUCAAUGCUCGGGCCGAGAUCAUCAUCAAAGAAUGUCAGGCACAGGAUCCUCCUUUGGCUACCCCCCACUUGCCCGCUGAAAUCGACAUUGAUUGGGGGGACAUCAUGAUGAAUUAUCGCAUGCCGAAUAUAGGAACAGAGCUGGAGACUGGGGACUGGUUGAAUGAUUACUCAUGGAAUAGUAUAAUAAAUUAG